UGCCGACGCCGUCGCGGUUUUCGUCGCGCUCGGGCAGCGCAGCCCCUACUGACUCCUCUCCACCCCCUCCCCGCGCCUCGCAGGAUCCCGCCUUCUUCUCCCUCCCCCCCUAAACCUUCGGCGACCCUCCUCUCUCCCUUUUCCUGCGAGAGCAGCCGGCCGAGACACCAUGUCGGAGCAGCCGUUCGCCGGAGAUGCCGCUGCCGCGGAGGCUUCGGAGCAGGCCGAGCAGCUUGAAGGGGCCUCGGGCAACGGAGGAGGCGGCGGCGGCGGCACAGGAGAAUCGGAGGGAGCGAAAAUCGACGCGAGCAAGAACGAGGAGGAUGAAGGGAAAAUGUUUAUCGGUGGCCUCAGCUGGGAUACCACAAAGAAGGAUCUUAAGGAUUACUUCACGAAAUUUGGUGAAGUUGUAGACUGCACCCUGAAGUUAGACCCAAUUACAGGGCGGUCAAGAGGCUUUGGCUUUGUGCUGUUCAAGGAAGCUGAGAGCGUAGACAAGGUCAUGGAUCAGAAAGAACACAAGCUGAAUGGAAAAGUGAUUGAUCCCAAAAGAGCAAAAGCAAUGAAAACAAAAGAGCCAGUUAAAAAGAUUUUUGUUGGUGGGCUAUCUCCAGAUACGCCCGAGGAAAAAAUAAGGGAAUACUUUGGAGGUUUUGGCGAGGUGGAAUCGAUAGAACUUCCCAUGGACAACAAAACAAACAAGCGUCGUGGUUUUUGCUUCAUUACUUUCAAAGAAGAAGAUCCAGUGAAGAAAAUUAUGGAGAAAAAAUACCACAACGUUGGUCUCAGUAAAUGUGAAAUAAAAGUAGCGAUGUCAAAAGAACAGUAUCAGCAGCAGCAGCAGUGGGGAACACGAGGGGGAUUUGCUGGAAGAGCUCGUGGCCGAGGUGGAGGCCCCAGUCAAAGCUGGAACCCCGGAUACAGUAAUUAUUGGAACCAGGGGUAUGGCAACUACGGUGGAUACAACAACCAAGGGUAUGGUGGCUACGGAGGUUAUGACUACACUGGCUACAACAACUAUUACGGAUACGGAGAUUAUAGCAAUCAGCAGAGUGGCUAUGGGAAGAUAUCUCGGCGAGGAGGUCAUCAAAAUAGCUACAAACCAUACUAAAUUAUUCCAUUGGCAGCCCGCCCCAGACAGGUGGACAAGCAGUAUUCUCAUUUGAAGAUUCAUUUUGAGGCGGCUCAGGCUGCCUGCUAAUAGCAGUUCAAACUAAAAUUUUUGUAUCAAGUCCCUGAAUUGGAAGUAAGAUGUUGGUCCCUCUGAAGUUUGAUUGCGUUCUCAUUACAACAGAAUUGCUUUCACCGUCUUUUUUUUUUUUUUGCUACGCUUAAGGAUCAAUUUGAUUUAUGCCCACGCCCAUUUUGUUCCCCAGUAUUGUAGAACAAAAGUCUUGUGUUUAAAGCCCAGUGUGACAGUGUCAUGACGUAGUAGUGUCUUACUGGUUUUUUAAUAAAUCUUUUUGUAUAAA